AUGGAGCGUACUUACCUGUACAACUUCGAAGCAAACAACAAUGUCUCCUUUAAUGUAAUCGACUAUGUUGUAUUCGGGGCAACGCUCCUUGCGUCCGCCGCCAUUGGAUUGUAUUACGCCAUUCGAGAUCGAAGAAGUGAUGACGCUGAUGACUUUUUAUUGGCAGGACGGAAGAUGCAUUACCUACCUGUGUCUUUGUCUCUCUUGUCAAGCUUCAUCUCUGCAAUCACGCUUCUUGGAACUCCCGCCGAAGUCUACCGCUACAACACAAUGUACUGGUGGAUAUCGGUCGGCUUCAUCAUCGCUGCCUUAGGGUCAGGUUACAUCUUCAUCCCCGUUUUUUACAACCUUAAAGUCACCAGCAUCUUCAAGUAUGUAGAGCUGAGAUUUGGAAAGGUUAACAGAUUCUCAGCCAGUAUCAUAUACCUCUUAUGGAUGAUGUUGUAUAUGGCUGUAGUGUUAUAUGGACCCUCUCUCGCUCUCAAUGCAGUUACUGGUAUGUCUUUGUGGGGAUCAGUGUUCGCUGUAGGACUGGUCACCAUCUUCUACACCACACUGGGAGGUAUGAAGGCGGUGGUGUGGUCCGACUCUCUACAAAUGCUCAUCAUGUUUGCGGGAAUGAUAACACUUUUGGUGGCUGGUUCUUUGAAGCUGGGAGGUCUGGACAAAGCAUGGCAAAUAGCCGAACGUAACGGCCGCACUCUUCUGUUGGAGUUUGACCCUGAUCCAUCUACACGACACACGGUAUGGAGUGUUGUGAUUGGUGGAGGCAUUUUUUGGGGAGCUAUAUAUGGUAUUAACCAAGCUCAAGUACAGCGGGCGGUAUCAGUAUCAUCUAUCAGGAACUCACGUAAGGCUAUCUGGUUGAACCUUCCUGGUAUGGCGAUUAUUUUAACCGUGGUUUGCCUGGUGGGAGUGGUUAUGUUUGCAUAUUACGAGCGCUGCGAUCCAGUAACCUUAGGUGUCAUAAAAAGCUCGGACCAGUUAAUACCUUUGUUCGCUAUGGACUUGUUAGGGCCCUACCACGGACUGCCUGGUCUUGUUUUGUCAUGUGUGUUCAGUGGCAGCCUCAGUACCAUCUCCUCGGGACUCAAUGCCGUAGCCGCUGUACUUCUGGAGGACUUCGUUAGACCAUUCUAUUCACAUCCUAUUUCCGGUCGUGGUUCCACAAUCUUCUCAAAGGUGACCAUUGUGAUAGCAGGUUUCUGCUGUAUUGGCCUCGCCUUCGUCGUGUCCAAACUUGGGGCCAUUCUUCAGGUUGCUUACAUCAUGUUUGGAAUCCUUGGAGGGCCACUGUUAGGCCUGUUUACUCUCGGGAUGUUAUUUCCUUGGGCCAACAAAUGGGGAGGGCUUGUUGGUCAUAUUUUCGCUCUUGGCGUGCUAAUGUUUAUUGGAUUAGGUACUAGAUUUAAUAAGGUAGUCGUUACCCCGCUAUCACCUGUGACAACUUCCGGUUGCCACCCGAAUGUCACCUCCACACUAACAACAGCAGCAGCUACACUAGCAACUACUUUAGCAACAACAACGGCCAGUCAGACAACCGAGGAAGAACCUUUCUUUCUUUACCGGAUGUCGUACAUGUGGUAUUCGCCACUGGCUGCUUUGAUCACAGUUAUAGUUGGUCUGCUUGUCAGCUUUUGCACAGGCGCCACCAAGACUGAGGAGCUUGACCCACGACUCAUCUGCCCCUUCUUUGAUGUAUUCUUCCCUUGCCUACCAGAGAAGACCAGGAAGUGGCUGCGGUUUGGUGUUCGACAUGGGGAGUUACAGAAAGACGAGAAGACAACUGCUGCUGAGAGGUCUGGGAACGUUGGUAUGGAAAACGCAGCCUACUUCAACGAUAUCGAUGACGUCACCAAAGAAAGUGUUACUCCCGAAAGUGGCCAUGUUAAAUCUAAAGAUACCAAGGAAACUAAGUCGAGUGUGACAACUAGCACGAAUGGUAUCAAUAACACUCUAUAUCCCUCCAUCAACGCACACUCUACCGACCUAUGA